CCCACACACAAAACCCAUCUUCUCCUUAUAAUAAACUCUCUUUCUCUCUCUCUCUCUCUCUCUCUCUCUCUCUGCCAAACAUUUCAUUCAAAGCUACCUCUCUUUCACACUGCCUAGAAAAAUAAAACAAAAGGAAAAACACCAUGCCUGAGGCUCCAAAAACCUCAUUGAAGCCAGCAGACUACAAUCUGGCAGAGAAGAACAAGAAGGUUCUUCAGUUCAUUGAAGAUGUCACCACCAACGCUGAUCAAGUUCAGAAGCGUGUUCUCGCCGAAAUCCUGUCUCGCAAUGCUAACGUUGAGUACUUGCAGAAACACGGCCUCAACGCCCACACUGACCGGGAGACCUUCAAAAACAUCAUCCCUGUCAUCACCUACGAGGAUAUCCAACCGGAAAUCAAUCGUAUUGCCAAUGGUGACACUUCUCCAAUCCUCUGCUCAAACCCCAUUUCUGAGUUCUUGACAAGCUCUGGGACAUCUGGGGGAGAGAGAAAAUUGAUGCCAACAAUUGAAGAGGAGCUAGAGAGGAGGACACUUCUGUAUAGCUUGUUGAUGCCUGUGAUGAGCCAAUUUGUUCCUGACCUUGAGAAAGGCAAAGGAAUGUACUUUUUGUUCAUAAAAUCCGAGGCGAAGACACCUGGAGGCCUUUUGGCCCGCCCGGUUCUCACAAGCUAUUACAAAAGUUCCCACUUCAAAGAAAGGCCAUAUGACCCUUACACAAACUACACCAGCCCAAACCAAACCAUCCUCUGCCCUGACUCCUACCAAAGCAUGUAUUCACAGCUUCUCUGCGGCCUCUGCCAGAACAAGGAAGUCCUCCGGGUUGGGGCGGUUUUCGCCUCCGGCUUCAUCCGCGCAAUCCGGUUCCUGGAGAAGCAUUGGACCUCUCUCUGCAAUGAUAUUCGAACCGGAACCAUAAACACCCAAAUCACCGACCCUUUGGUCAAAGACGCCGUAAUGAAGAUCCUCAAACCUGAUCCUAAGCUGGCGGAUUUCAUAGAGGAAGAGUGUAGCAAAGAUUCUUGGCAAGGAAUUAUAACGAGGUUGUGGCCCAACACAAAGUAUGUGGAUGUUAUUGUCACGGGGACCAUGUCACAGUACAUCCCAACUCUUGAUUACUACAGCAAUGGCCUCCCACUUGUUUGUACCAUGUAUGCAUCUUCUGAAUGCUACUUCGGUGUCAACCUUAAUCCUCUUUGCAAGCCUAGUGAAGUUUCCUACACCCUCAUUCCCACCAUGUGCUAUUAUGAAUUCCUUCCCGUCCACAGAAACAACGGGGCUACUAAUUCCCCAUCAGUCCCAAAAUCUCUCAGUGAAAAAGAACAGCAGGAAUUGGUGGAUCUUGUUGAUGUCAGGCUCGGCCAAGAAUAUGAGCUGAUUGUCACAACUUAUUCCGGACUUUUCCGUUAUAGAGUUGGAGAUGUUCUCCGAGUGGCAGGAUUCAAGAACAAGGCACCCCAGUUCAACUUCAUAUGCCGGAAAAACGUGGUGCUCAGCAUUGAUUCCGACAAGACUGAUGAAGUUGAGCUGCAAAAUGCAGUACAGAAUGCUGUGAACCAUUUGAUGCCGUUUAAUGCAACUCUGGCGGAGUACACAAGCUAUGCGGAUACUUCGUCAAUCCCAGGCCACUAUGUGCUAAUCUGGGAGCUUAGCCUCAAUGGGUCAACGCCAAUUCCACCGUCGGUGUUUGAAGACUGCUGCUGGACCAUUGAAGAGUCCCUCAACAGCGUUUACCGUCAAGGCCGUGUCUCUGACAAGUCAAUUGGCCCUCUGGAGAUCAAGAUUGCUGCGCCGGGGACCUUCGAUAAGCUCAUGGACUAUGCCAUUAGCUUAGGGGCAUCGAUAAACCAGUACAAGACCCCGAGGUGUGUGAAAUUUGCACCCAUUGUUGAGCUCUUGAACUCGAGGGUUGUUUCAAACUAUUUCAGUCCCAAGUGUCCCAAGUGGGUGCCUGGCCACAAGCAAUGGAGCAAUCAGGAAUGAUGGAAAUUAAUGAGUUAGUAGCUUUCAUGGAGGUUCACAAUAACUGUUUUUGUGAUCAUCUUAGGGAAAAGUUAAUUAUCUUUAAUUUUUAGGUUAACCCCAUCUCUUAUGUUUUCCAUUUUUCUUUUUCUUUUUUUCUUUUUUUCUUUUUUUCUUUUUUCUUUUUUCUUUUUGAAUAUUUUAGUCGUUGUCUAAUAUGCAUAGAGACUUUGAUUUAGUCCGUGUACAAAAACGGUUCCUGUUUCAAGGAGAGCUUCUCUCGUUUUCUAUUAAUUCCAGUUGUUUAGCUGU